GUCGACCUCACCUCCCCCGAUGCUUCCGCAAUUCAAUUCAUUUGGUGGAGACGCCCAGCCUCAGCCUUUGUUAGAUACCUCUGCAAUGUCGCCACCUUUCCAGGACAAUCUUCUCCGACCAAGUGCGACCUAUCCUGGAAGUACAGGUUCUAGAUCCACCAUGUAUAACCCACAAGCCAUCUCGGUCAUGCCGUCUUCGAAUGUAGGGUUUAACCCACCAUUAUCCGACGAGGGGAAGAUGUCUAUUUCCAUCGAUUUCGGUACAACCUUUUCCGGUGUGGCCUAUGGCUCAUCCCGGAUAGCGGGUGGUCAAGUGCAACAGAUCCUACACUGGCCGGGCUCUCUUGAGACUUUCCGAAAGGUUCCGACGACCCUGCUGUACGAUGAUAAGGGCCAAGUGCUUGCCUGGGGAUUGGAGGCAAAGAAUGCGAGUCCUUUCCCAGGGGCGGUGAAGUGUGAAUGGUUCAAGCUCUUUCUCGAGCCACACGCUUUGCGGGAUGAGUCUACCAUCGACCCACGUUUGCCUCAAUUACCGGUCGGCAAACGGCCGGUGGACCUCAUUAUCGACUUCUUGUACUGCAUGUGGGAAUACGCGAAAGAACAGAUCCAUCGAGAGAUUGGUGCCGUCGCUGACCUCGACUCCGCGGACGUGUGGCUGACUGUCCCUGCGGCAUGGGAUGCUAAAGGGUGUGAGCUCAUGAGAGAAGCUGCGAUCACUGCCGGUCUCGUCCACUCUAGUCGUGCAGGGGAUAGGGAUUGGCGCGAUCGAUUGCGGAUUAUCACAGAGCCCGAGGCAGCCGCGGUACACUGUGCACACCUUACAAAUCUGCACAAAUUGAAACCGUCACAAACGUUCAUGAUCUGCGAUGCCGGAGGUGGUACAGUCGAUCUUGCCAUUUAUAAAAUUCUUGGGCAAAUGACCAAUCUUGAGAUUGCCGAAAUGUGCGCUCGUAGUGGCUCCAACUGUGGAUCACUAUUCCUGGACUUAAGAUUUCGGGAGCUGGUAAAAACCCUUCUGGCUGACCACCCAGCACAUUUGGAUGCUGCGAGUCUGGCGUUUUUCAUGCAUAAUUUUAGCGAGACGGACAAGCUCGCGUACAAAGGCGAACGUGAUGAUAAAACAUUCUUCUCGUUCACAUGCUUUAACACCGAGGACCCAGACGAUCCGAGUGUUGGUUUGAUCAAUGGUGAACUCUCCAUUCCGGGCAACCUCUUACGCCGUGAGGUUUUCGACCCGGUCGUCAACCAGGUUCUCGAGCUGAUCGAGGAGCAGACGAAGAGAGUCGAGCGGAUCGAUGCGCUGCUCUUGGUGGGAGGCUUCUCUGGUAGCGAGUAUCUAUUCCGCCGGGUGGAGGAACAUUUUGGACCGAGGAUAAAGGUCAUCGCUCGCCCGUCCGAUGCCGAUACAGCCACACUCCGAGGGGCUGCACAAUACGGACUUGCGAAGAGGCCUCUUGUUUCCAGUGUUGUGGCUCCACGGUCUUAUAUCAUGAAAGUCAAGCUGCCAGCUGAACAAGAGGACCUCAUGAAGCGACCUGCCUAUAUCACACAGAACAACGCUGGGAUCCCCAUAUGCGAGAAUCGGUUGCAGUACCUCGUAGCGAAAGGAGCGAUCUUGAGGAAGGGACAAAAAGUCAGGACCAAAUUCUGCAAGUAUUCUCAGAGCCCUCAAGAUCGCAUCUUCGUGGCCACGCUGUAUACGUCAGAGAGUGACAAACUCUUCAGAUACACUGACGAGGGUGAAACAGUCGAACUGUGCAAGUGGACGGUCGAUAUCUCGUCCUUGCCCUCUUUCCAGGAGAACGCCGGUAUAAGGCCCAACGGCUUUUAUACAGACUUCGAACUUGGGUUGGAACUUGAUUCCGCGGAAGUGAGAGGUAUCUUGUUGUAUGAAGGGACCGAGUGGGGUCGAGUAGUGUUCGACUUCCUUACCUGACGGGUCUUUCCGCCUCUCUUUUCUUCUUCUUGGCUUUUUGCAUGGGCAGAUGCUUUUGUCCUCUUGGAUAUGUGAUCCACUCGAGAUGGUACGGUGAUAUCACCCAUUUCAGAGCCUUCAUUUCAGGAUAAUCUCGGACAGUUGCGAACGAUGCAGCAAUCGUGCAGCCGAAUCGGAACUGUAUAUAGACGUAGUUGGACAUGUCGGUGC